AUGUUGGGAAAUUACUCCAGUGCCACUGAAUGUUUUCUUUUAGGUUUCCCUGGUUCCGAAACAUUAUGCUACCUUCUUUUUGCUCCUUUCUUCUUCCUAUACUCAGUGACAAUUAUUCCCAAUAUUGUCAUCAUCAUCACUGUCUGUGCUGAUAAACAUCUUUGGUCCCCUAUGUAUUUCUUCCUCAGUCACCUUUCUGUGCUGGAGAUACUGAUCACAUCUACUGCUGUCCCUUUUAUGCUCCAGGGAUUGCUGCUCCUAAGGACCCAAAUAAUAACUUUGACCUCAUGUUGUGCGCAACUCUAUCUGUACCUCUCUUUUGGAACCUUGGAAUUGGCAUUGAUAGGAGUGAUGGCCAUGGACCAUUAUGUGGCUGUCUGUAAUCCCUUGAGGUACACCAACAUGAACAACCACACCUGUAUCUGUAUGGUAGCUGUGUGAUGGGUGCUUGGAUUCCUUUUUCAAAUCUGGCUGGUCUAUGCCACCUGCAAAUCAAGUCUGUUAGACCAUUUUACUGUGACGUUCAAACUGUCCUGCAAUAACAUUCUUUUCACUGAGUCUAUUUUUUUAUUGGCUGUUUUUGUUAUUGUUGGUUCAGUAAUACCUACAAUUAUCUCAUACACCUACUUUGUCUCUACCAACCUCAAGAUCCCCUCAGCUUCUGGCCGGAGGAAAGCCUUCUCCACCUGUGCCUCCUACUUCAUUUAUGUUGUGAUCAGCUUUGGCAGCUGCUUGUUCCUCUUGAAGCCCAGGCAAAUGCAGGCAGCUGAGUACAACAGGGUGGCAUCACUGCUGGUUUUAGUGGUGACACCUUUCAUAAACCCUUUCAUCUUUACUCUCCAGAAUAACAAAUUCAUAUACUCCUUUCAAGAUACUGUGAAUCAGGGCUAUCAGCUUCUCAAGAAUUAG